AUGCGCAUCUGGCCCAUGCCACGUCAGCUCACGUCGUCCAAAGGAAAAGACGGCGCAUGGCCGGCAAUUUUCAGCCCGUUUAGCCGGUUGACCGUCUCGUUUGGUAGAGCAUCAGCGGCCGACGAGGAUUCCUCCCGAGCGCUUGUAACGAAAGCUUACGACCGUUACCAUCGCAUGAUUUUCGCGCACGAGUAUGGCGAUGACUACUCUGAGCUUGAAGAUUCGUCCACGAGUUCGACGUCGCAGAAGGGGGAUGCUGCAACACACUCUCGUGCGAGAGUGGUGGUGAUAGAGCGAAUCGACGUGCAAAUAGCGCGGCCAGGAGAAUCGCUGGACGUAGGAGUGGAUGAGAGCUACACGCUCUCCCUUGGAGCACGGGGCGAGCCAGGCACUGCUGCAAUUCAGGCAAAAACCUCCUUCGGUGCACUCAGAGCGCUAGAGACGCUCAGCCAGCUGUGUCGCUACCACCACCCGUCUCGCCUCGUGACGAUCUAUGGUGUGCCUCUCACAGUGGAAGAUGCUCCUCGCUUCCACCACCGAGGGCUGCUCAUCGACACGGCACGGCAUUUCCUCCCAGUGGUGGAGAUAGAGAGAGUGCUUGACGCCAUGUCUUAUGCCAAGCUGAAUGUUCUCCACUGGCACCUGGUGGACGCGCAGUCGUUCCCCAUUGAAACGCCCUCCUUCCCGCGCCUCUGGGAGGGAGCUUUCUCCCAGGCAGAGCGAUACACACUCAGGGACGCCAAACACAUCGUCAGAUAUGCAGCAGCACGUGGCAUUGUGGUCAUUCCUGAAAUCGACACUCCCGCUCAUGCCACCUCAUGGGGUGUGGGCUACCCUGUUCUCUACCCCAGCCCCACCUGCAAGGAGCCUCUCGAUGUCUCUAACGAGUUUACAUUCGAGCUGAUCAAGGGCGUGCUCACAGACCUGCGCUCAGUGUUCACAGGCAGCAGAAUACACAUAGGAGGGGACGAAGUGAAGGAAGACUGCUGGAGAAAGUCUGAACAGAUCUCCCAGUGGUAA